GAUAAAAGUUACAACAGUCCGAAAAAUAAUUCUGCUGCAUUUCAUUUCAAUUUAUUCCGUUGGCAAAAAAAUGUGCAAAAUUUUCGCCCUCGCGUCAGCCCUCGUCGUCGUGGUGGGGGCGACCGCCUUAAAUCCGGCAGGGCGUGCAGAAGAUGUAGCUGCCAUAGACACCAGCAAAUUCCAACCUUUGACUUGUCGCAAUGGAACGUAUGGCCCGUCAGAUGUACAAGCUGGCAGAAUGGCGACGGAAUGCACAAACUAUGGUGUGGAAGCUGGACAGCAAAAUCCAAAUUGCGUAUACUUCUGCCAGUCAGAAAUUUUAGGAUUGCUGAACACGGACGGAUUACCCUCUCGGAUCGGAUACGACACCUUCGCCGAGCACACGAUUGUCCCAGAAUAUAGAACAAUGGCGAUUGACUGGUUUAGGGAAUGUUUCGACAAAUAUGGUGACCAAAUCGAUAAGACUGACACCGAAUGUAAAGCUGCCGGACAGCUGAACACAUGCACGUGGUCGAUCCAACCAAAACUGAUUUGCUAGAAGUUUGAUUGUCAAGAAAACCAUUAGUUCUCCACCUUUUUUAUACAUUUACAUAAUCCGCAUUUCAAUUUAUUUUAUAUCUCGUAACGAAUAAUGAUUAAUUAAUUGAUGAAAGGUCGAAUAGCAAUUAAACGUACGUAAUAAAUAAUAAAUUAUUUAUGUCAAAUCGUACGCACAAAAA